AUGGUUUCCCAAGCGUUUGCAGGAUGGAUUUCCAUUUUCAUCGCAACUCUCGGCUUCGGAUCCCUAUUUGUGCCAGUGAAGAACUACGAGAUCUAUGAUGGCCUGGUGUAUCAAUGGUUUCAGUGCUGCGGCAUCCUGCUGGCCGGCUUGACUCAUGCCGUUUGUAUGAAUGACUGGAAUGCUAGUGGCUUGAGUGCACCAGGCUUCUAUGUGUGCCGAGAAGGUCUUCUUUCCGGAGUCUUUUUCCAGCUUGCCAAUGUCUUGGCGACCCAGUCUGUAAAACGCUUUGGCAUGGGCAACUACUUCACCACACAGAAGGUGACCAACCUGGGAGGGGCCUUUGUUCUUGGAGUUUAUGGGGAUCGAUUUGGGCUUCCGUGCAACCCGCCCAGGAGUCCACUCUUGGCACUUGGUGGGUGCUUUUGUGUCAUGCUUGGCAUGGUGCCGCUUGGCUUCACAGAGUCGGAGGAUGGCAAGGGCGAUGACAAGCGUCCUCACCUCAUCCCACCGCAGCAUUGCGAUUUGGGUGGUUACCUCAUGCUGGACGAAACCUCUGAGAUGGGAAGUGCUUUGGGCACACCCGUGUACCCACGUUCUGAGCCUGGGAGUGGUCGGGCCACACCUGUGAUUCCAGCGCGAUCGCGGCCCUCAAGUGCAGCCUGGUUUCAAGGGUUGGCUUGGUCGCUCCUUGCUGGCAUGGUAUUUGCAGUGAUCUACAUCCCCGUUCUUCCUUGGAAGCAGAGGCUGUCACAAGAGAACGUGACGUUCUCACCCUUUGACUACUUUCUUUCCAUUAGCGUCGGCCUUUUCAUGUCUUCAACAGCUUACAUGCUACUGGGAGGGGCGAUGAGGAAGUACCAGGGCAAGAAAAUGAUGAAGUCUGUGUUGCGGCCAGCCUUAUUAAAUGGCAUCAUGUGGUCAAUUGCCAGCAUGGCUCAGCUCUAUGCAUUGGCUGUGAUGCCGUAUGCAGUUGCGUACUGCCUCGUUUGCGGCGGUGAAGUUGCGGUGAGCCUUCUUUGGGGAAUCUUUGUGUUCAAUGAGGCGGCCACGCCGCACAACUUUCGAUGUACAAUGCUCGCCUUUAGCGGUGUGCUGGUUGGUGUUGUUCUUGUAGCUGCCUCAAAGUAA